UAAAAAAAUGCUCAAUUUUCUUAAUUAAGAUAUAAAAAUUUUUAAUUUAACAAAAUAUUUUACAAAAUGCAAAUGAAAAAAAGAAUAAUUGUAAAAAAUCCUUAAUAAGAGUAGAAGUCUAUUUAAUAAAUUGAUGUCACUUCUCUUUAAAAGGCCUUUGAUCUUGAAUAAAAUUGUUUGAAAUCAGAAUAAACUUAAUCUUAAAUAGGGUUAUAAGGUCAUAAGGGUUCUGAGAAGGAAAUGCAAAAGUCUAAAAUAGUUUUAAAUGGAAAUUUGUAAAGCAAAAAAGAGUAAUUAAUUUAGACAAACAAAAAUGAUAUUAAAGUGAAUUAAAUGAAUACCAACGAGGUUAUUGACAAAAAUAAAUAGCUAACUAAUACAAAAGAAGAACAAUAUCUGAAUUAGCCUCAUCUAAAUCUUUUAAAAAGUGAGAAAAAACCUAUUAAUUUUACAAUAUCUAAAUCACCAAAACCGCAUGCAUAAUAAAAUAAUACAUAAAAUAUUUAGAAAGUUAAUGAAAGCAUUGGUUCUUUUAAAAGUUCAAGCGUCAUUUCAGGCGAUGUCUAAAAAGUGAGUGAUUUCUAAUCUAAAAUGAAUAGUCAUACAAGCUAAUCUUAAGAAAGAAAAAAUAUUACUGAUAAAUAAGAGAAGUAUAAUUGCUAAUAAACAAUCUUAGUAGAAGUUAAACCUGUUAGUCAAGUAAAAAAUGUUUAAAAGAAGAGCUAAUUUUUAAUUGAAAUACCCUCUUUAGAUAGUAACGAAAAAGCAUAAUAAGAUAACCACAAAAUGAAAGAGGAUACUCUUAAUAAAUCAUUUUGUUCAUUUAGCACAGGUACGGCUGCAGUUUAGAUUUAACAAAAAUAAAGUUUAAAUAAAUCAUUUACUCAUAAUAUAUUUAAUGAUUCAAUAAAAAAUGAUAAAAAACAAUAAGAUUUAAUUAAGAGAAUACUACCAGAGGAUAUAUCAUAAAUAGAAACUUAAAAAGCAGGAUUAAGAGAAUUACAUUAGAGCAAAAACAAGAACACAUUAGAUGUAUAAAGCAGCAAUUAAAGCUUUUUCAGCAAUAACUAAUUGAAUCAAAAAAUGGGUAGUAAUAAAUAAUAGCUUUAAUAGAAUAAUAUGAAGUAGUUAAGCUAGAAUAUUAAUGAUAAUUAAGCAAUUUAGCAAUAAAACUAGGAAAAGCUAACAAAUCCUUUGUUGGAAUCUAAAAUAAGUUAAAAAAAUAUCUAAAACAGAAUUGGCUAGCAAGUCUUUUAAGAGAAAUAAUUAAUUUUGUUAGAAAAUGUAGAUAAAAGAUCAAGCAGUUUAGAGGAUGCUAAGCAGAUCAGUAAUCAUUUCAAUUCAAUUAAUAAAUUAGUCAAGAAUAGCUUUGAAUCUGCAAAUCUGUAAUAAUAACAAACAUAGCCAUUUUAGAAUUAAGCAUAAGCGGCUAAUAAGUAGAAGAUAAACUAGAAAAAACGUAGAGAAGAUAACAAUGAUAAACUGGAUAAACUUAUGGAUGAGCUUAUAAAAUUGAAUUAGAAUAAACAAAAUAAAAAUCAUUUCAAUUUAUAAAAGAAAUAGAAAAUCAAUGAGCAAUAAGUUAAUUAAGACAAUGAAAAGUAAUAUAAUGAGUAAGACCUUUUGAGCUUGAAGUAAACCAAACUUAACUAAAUUUUCACAAAUUCGCUUUAAAAGAGUGAAAUUAAAAGUGAAUAAUAAGAAACUAAAAAUUAAACUAAAAAGUAGUCAAGGGAAGAGGAAAAUUCAAAACUCUAAACUAGAAAAUAUCAAUAAAGAAACGAGUUCGAAUAUAAUACCUAAAAUAAUUAGUUAUAAAAAAGCUAGUAGGAUAUUUUUGUUUAGCAAAAAUAAUUAUAAAGAAGUACUUAAAAUAAUAAUAAUAAUAACAACCAAAAAGAGCAGCUUAAUAACCAAGAAAGUAGCUUGAUUAAUAGCAGUUUCAACAACAUUAAAGGUUAAAUAUCUUAGAAUAAUUUAAAUUAAGAAUAAAAAAAUCUUUAGUUGUAGAUGCUAAAAGCGAAAUAAAACAUCAAUAAUUGUAUUAACUAAAUUUUAGAUAAAUCUAAUUAAAAAGAUUCAGAUCUGAAUGUCAUGGUUGCUGGAAAUAUUGUUAGAGAUGAUAUUUAAAAGAAUUAAAUUGUUAUUGGAAGCAAUGAAAAAAUAUAUUCGAUUGCUAGCAGUAAUGAAGGUUUAUGCGAAAUAUUAGAGUAAGAUGUUAAUUUAUAAAAAAGCAAAGAUUCAGCAAUUAAUUUGGUUUGUUAGAAUUAAUCAAGUUUAUCAACUUAAAAUUUAGAAAGCAAAGAAAAAUAAUAAGAUUAAUAAAAUUGUAUGAUAAUACAAAUAGAUAGCUCAAAGAGCUUGGAAAAAGAUCAAAUGGAAAUUGAAAAAGAAGAUAACAAACAAGCGAUUGCUACUCCUUUAGCUGAGAAUAAUCAAAUGAUGGAGAAAAAACAUGCAUUAGAAAUCGAAAUUAAGAAAAUAAAUCAUGCUAUUAAGUCUUUGGGUAAGAAAAAAUUGAGCUUUUUGAAAAAUAGAGAAAGGAAAAUAUUAAAGUUAAAAUCAUAUCUAAUAAGAUAAAAAAAUUAAAUUGAUUAAUAGCUUAAAUAAUACAACACUUAAAAACUCAACCAAUUUAUUAAGUAGAAACAAGAGCUGCAAUAAAAAAUGUUAGAAGAAAUGCUUAAAAAACAGUUAGAGCAACAGCUAAAUUAAGUGCAAAAUAAAAAAUCUUAUUUCCAAAAAUAACUAAAAAAGUGCUAGUUUGUUGUUUAGAAUGAAGUUAAUUUUGAUAAUUAUAUUGUUAUGGAAAAUUAAAAGCGAGAAACAAAAAAAAGAAAAUAAGAGGAAAAAGAUUAACAAGAUAAAUAAAAUAAUCAAUCAAAUAUCAGCUAAUCAAAUCUUGAUAUGACUAAAUCUGAUCAAAAUUCUGAAAAUAAAUUACUUCCCCAAUAAAAUUGUGACAACAAUGAUAAUUAUUAAGACUAACAAAUAAUUAAUGUUGAAAAAUAAGUCUAAAUUGAAUAAGAUAGUGUCAUUUAAUAACAAAACCAAGAAAUAUUAGCUGUUGAUCAAUAAUAAAAUGUUCCAUUAAGAGAAAACUGCCAUUCAUAAAGCGAAAAUUCAAAGGAGAGAACUGAAAAUAACACAAAAGAUUUUACAAUUUAAUAAGAAAUCUAAAUAAAUUAAGAUAAUUAAAUUUAAAUAGAAGAAGAGGAAAUAAAAUCAAGGAAUUUAUCUGAAGAAAAUAAUGAUUAGCAAUACAUUUAAUUUAAUUCUAGCAAGAAUGAAUAAGCUCAAAAUGCUUCACCAAUAAGUACUAAUUAAUCUUGUAUCUUAAUCGAUAGUAGUUCUUAAGCAACACCAGAAGUGGAAGGAAAGUAUUAAAAUAACAAUAACCUAAACAAAGUGAACCAAUACUCUUCUAAUAUUAAUCCAUCCGAAAACUCAAACAAGUACAAUUGUGAUUAACAUCCUACCAUAGAAAGCUCAGUUUAAAAUUUAAAGGUUUAAAAUUCUGUACAAUAAAAGCAAAAAUAAAAAAUGGGUUGCGAUUUAGAUAAAACUUAAAUUAUAAAUGUCGAAAUAGAAAAUAAUAUUAAUAUUAAUGAGGGAAUUGAAGAAGAAAAUUAAAAAAAUAUUUAAAAUGAUAAGAUUCAUCAGAAAUAAUUAGAAAUUCCUUAAAUAGGAGAUGAGGAUAUCUUUGAAAGCAGAACUGAUAAAUAAAAGAAAUGUAUUUAAGAAACAGUGAUUAUAGAUGACCUAUUUGAACCUGAAAAUAAGAUAACAAAACCAAAGGGAAAAGAAUAAAUAAUUUGUACUAGUUUUAGCAGUAGUCAAGAAAACUUAAAUAAUGAUCAAAGUUCAUCUUAAAUUAAUUAGGAUAAAAAAUUUUAAGUUAUAGUCAUAGAUGAUUUGUUUAUAGACAGAUAAAUUGGCUUUAAUAAAGUUUAGGAAAACAUUAAAAACAGCACUUAAUUAUAAAAGCAAGAAAAAAAUAAUUAGUUACCAUUAAAAAUAUAAUAAGAUUAAUAAGCUGUUAAAAGUGAAAGCAAAUAGGAAAAGAAAAUAAAAAAGAAAAUGCAAGAGAAUUGGUUUCAAACAAUUAUUUCACUGAUUAAAACGUGCUCAUAUUUCGGUCUAUCUGGAUACUAUCACACUAUCUACAAGAUGCAAGAAUAAUAAGAACUAGAGUCUUAGAAAUAAGUUUGUUAAGAACUUGAUUUAAACUAAUCAAAUCAAUUUAAUAUGUCAGGCAGAGUCUAAACUAGUAAUCAGUAAUAUACAUUUAGUUUUUACAAGCAUCCAGACAAUCUUAACAACAAAUAAUCUUAACCUAUUUCAAAUAAUGAUUAAUAAAUUAACCAAAAUUUAUCUUUGAUUCGAAAUAAGUAAAUUUUUGUUUCAAAUAAAGACAGCUGUGUAAGCUCAUAACAACCUAAAAUAAUAACUUUAAAGAACUUUAUAAUUAAGAAAAAAGAAUAAUAGAAUGAAGAUUAUUAAAAUUAAGCCACUAUUUCAAGUUAAAAAAAAUAAAAUAAUGAUAUGGAUUUGCAAAAUGAAGAGACUGAAAAAUUAAAUUGCUAAAAAGCUAUGACUAAAUCAUCACCAAAAUUAAUUAGAUUAACUUAACCUAUUAAACACUUUAAAAUUAUUAAAAAAUGA